GGAAAAUCCACCUUCCCAGCACAGCCGUACCACCCACCUCGCUCACUCGACUACUUGUCCAGUUCAUUACCAACACAAAGGGGGCUCAGAUAAUCAAGAAACAAUGUCGAGUGACGAUAAAAAUAAACCUAGUGACCCCAAGAAUGAGCCCAAGAACUGCGAUCCCAGGUGUGAACAAAAGUGUGAGGCCAAAUGCCAGCCCAGCUGUUUAAAGAAGCUCCUGCAACGCUGCUCUGAGAAGUGCCCACGGGAAAAGUGUCCACCACCAAAGUGUCCCUCACUGUGCCCCCCACCGUGCCCUGCACCAUGCCCACCACCCUGCCCUUCCAAGUCCUGCGUCAAGCCUUGUCCUCCUAAGUGCCCACCUCCCUGUCCACCGCCCUGUCCACCUCCCUGCCCACCUCCCUGCCCACCUCCCUGCCCACCUCCACAGUGAGGCACCCAAGCCCUCCACUGUCGCCAUCUCCACCACGUGCAACACCAUGGGGCUGGGGACUGAGACCAUGAACUGACAAGUAAACGUGUUCCUCU